AUGAAGGUUUUCUAUGUUUUACUGCUAGUUGCAGCUGCGACGUCCUCUAUAUUGAAGGCACCGGAGGACAUUCCUGCUCCUCGUUUACUUCGUCUGGAGGCUUUAGAUCCACCAGGAUUCAGGGUCGAGUGGAAUCCUGUGAAGAGCAAGGAUGAAUCUGAUCCGGUUAUAGGCUACAAGGUGAAAGUUUGGGAGCAACAAUCUAUUAAAGUUUACAAUUACGAAGUGAUUGAUGGUGUCAAUAUGCUGGUCGAGCAAACCAUUUUAAGCGAAUUUCCGAGAGACGAUGUUCCUGAAUGGGAGCCCACUGUACUUAUGGUGGAAAGUGCUGCAAAUCCAGCAGCUCAGUAUAAUAACGUCAAAGUGGGUGUACAGUACGAGAUCAGAGUCCAGGCUUACUCCAACAAGUACGAAGGUGCAUUAUCCGAUGCUAUGAGAAUAAAAAUUACAUAG